UAGUUAGCUUACAAGUAGCCGUUUAGCUUGCUGCGGUAAAGUCGUUGGAAUUUAAGAUGUUAAUCGUUAGUAUUUUCAUUGCGAAAGCUUAUCCCAGUCACGCUAAUGACUACUUGUGUUAGUUUAGGAACAACGCCUUGACCUUGCAAGGAAAUUUCCAGAAGCAAGGAGUGUCCGAUAACGGACGCAUUAAAGUAGCUAGCUAGCUAGUUAGCAUAUUAAGUUGCGAGACACAGAGCGCGAUAUUUAAAAACAUCUCCAUGCCUUUGACAAAUUUGAGAUAGGUGAGAUGAUGACCUCCUCAGCUCUCGGCCAGUCGUCACCACUCCUUCAAAAUCUGGAGCCUGGGAUUGGGAGGUCUGCAGCCAUGCUGGGGUUGUCUGCUGGGUUGGAGGGAGCAGAGAUGGAGCUGCAGAAGAUGCUAAUCGAUGAGAGGAUAAAGUGUGAAAAUUACAAGACCAACUACCGGACACUAAAGGCUGAACAUGCCAGCUUGCAGGAAGAGUUUACCCGAGCGCAGGGUGAACUGAAGCGCCUGUUGAGUGACAAACAGACUCAGCAGGAGAAACUGCAGCUGCUGUUGGCGGAGCUCCGAGGAGAGCUACUCGACAAAACCAGAGAAGCGGAGGAGCUGAAACUGCAGGUGAUGACCCCUCAGCGGCUGGAGUUGCUCAGAGCUCAGGUGCAGCAGGAAAUGGAGGUUCCAGUCAGAGAGAGGUUCAGUAAACUGGAGGAGGAAACAGAAAAGUACAGGUCUGAGUACAACAAGCUGCGGUAUGAGGUCACCUUUCUCAAGACCCAGUUUGACCACCAGAGAGAAGAGCAUGCUCACAUACUGGAAGAGAGGAAGAUCCGCUAUGAGGCAGAGAUCUCUCGUCUGGAGAAGGACAGGGAGGACCUGGUUGCUCAGUACCAGGGUUCAGAUGUACUGCGUGAUGGGAAACGAGUGGAGGCUCUGCUGAGGGAGAAAGCCCAGCUCCACUUACGGCUGAAGGGCCUGGAGGCAGAGGUGGCCGAGCUCCACGCCCAGAGAGAAAACUCGGGCCAGCAGGCCGAGAACGUCCAACGCAUCCAGAUCAGACAGCUGACGGAGUCUCAGGCUGUCGUGAAGUCGCUGGAGGCAGAGCGUCAGUCGUUGCGUCUGCAGCUGGAGCGGAUGGAGAGCGAGCUUACUCAGACCCAUGAGCAGAACAGCCAGAUCACUGGACGACUGCACAAAGCUGAGCGAGAGGUCAUCUCCCUCACCUCCCAGAUUGAAAGCUUGAAGCAUUCACAUAAACUGGAGGUCGCCAAUGUCAAACUGGAGUGUGCCCGCUCUAAAGGGGAGUUGGAGAGGGAGAGAGACACACUGCAGGGGGAAAUUGAUGGUUUGCAGACAGACAUUGAGGUGCUGCAGGCUGCGAUGGAGCGGCACAAGGAAAUUCUGAUGGAGAAAGAGAGGGAGUUGGUAAGGAAGGUGCAGUCUGCCCGUGAGGAGGAGCUCCGCAAAACAGUGGCCUUACAUGAGGAAAAGUUGGAGGUGGAGAACCGUCUCGCUGCUCUGGAACAGCAGAGGGCGCUGCAGGAUGUUACAGACAACACCCAGAAGGAGGAAUUGGAAGAGCGCCUCCGUAGGGCCCAACAUGGAGAGGAGGCAGCCCGCAAGGAACUGCAAAACCUGAGAAGCAAACUGCAGCAGCAGAGCUCACAGCUUGAGGAGCUCGAGAGACGGAAAGCACAGAUUGCUGACCUACAGCAGCAGAACCAGGAACUGAGUGUCCAGCUAGGGACGCUGUCCCACUCUAAAAAUGACCUGAUGGAGACAAACCAGCGACUGAAAGAGACACUGGACAAUCUCAGGGAGGAUCUGAGGACAGCCCGAGCCCAGGCUGAAAGGAGCCAGCAGGAGGCAGAGAGGCUGGUGGAGGACCGUCGGGUUGAGUGGCUGGAGGAGAAACACAAGCUGCAGGAGCGAGAGGCAGAGCUGCAGCAGAAAUACUUUCAGGUUAAAGAGAAACUGCAGAGGGCAGCGGUGGCCCAAAAGAAGAGGAAAACGCUAACAGAAAACAAAGAGAAGAGACUGCAGGAUAAGAUCCAGCUGCGUGAGGCCAGGAUAGAAGAGCUGGAACUAGAAGCUGCUGCAGCCAAAAAGCGUUCGUCUUUCUCAGAGGAGCAAGCUCAACUCAACAGACGGUUAAAGGAGCUGCAGCGACGGCACAACGAGUUUCGACGCCUUCUCUUAGGCGGCCAGGGUCUCUAUGGCGCUGGUCCCACCUUCCUGACCUCACCCACCCCUUUCCUCCUCCUGGGGUCUGAGGGACCCUUAUCCAACAUACCAGAGGAGCAGCAUCAGAGGGAGCUGUCUCUGCUCCGACGCAGGCUGGAGGACCUGGAAAGCGCCCAGCAGCAGCAGCUGGAGGAACUGGGAUCUCUGGUGCAGAGGGACAGGGACGCCACUCCUCAGCCUGACCUCUGACCCCAACCAUACUCUCCAUUGGACUUGGAUUUAAAGGGAAGAAUGAGAUGGCGUCCUGUUCGUCCCACCAAAGACACCAGCAGUGUUGUUAUAAAAAUAGAAGCAUUAUUUAUUGGUGUAUAAACAUACAAAUGGAGAGAUGAGGAUGGAUUUUGCCAGCGUUUACAUGUUUCUCUCAUGUUGUGAACCUAGGUUAUUUGAAAUGCCUCAGCACCUUAAAAAAAAAAAAAAAAUCCUGUGACAUCUUCAGGGUUUGAUUUUUGUAUGGAGAUGUUUGUUGUUUACACACGUUUGCUCUGAAGCUACACAGAGGAGUUGAUAAAAGGCACUACAAGCUGUGAAUUGCACAAUGUUUAUACAGGCUGUUAAUACUAGAAUAAUGUACAGAUUUUUUGUGUGGUUUUGACAAGAUGACAAGAGCCGGCACACACACAGUCAUCGUGUGGCACAGACGUGUUUUUGAAGUAGUAGUUUUUCAUGUUAAACUGCAGUAUUGAACAAGACAUUCAGACACAUGACCAGCAGAUGUGUUACAUUCACAAAAGGUCCUUUUAUACAAUGUAAGCUACCAGCAGGUGAUGGACUUCGGACUUCACUUCAAGGCCCAAAACUUCCAGGAUUCAGUUUCAGGAUUUUCUUCCCUGAUAUAAUCAGAAGUCCGAUAAGGCUUUUUUUUUAAAUUUUAAGAUACAAAACUCCCCACUGACUCAAGACAUUACAGAAAAGGUGAACAGCUUCUCUCUGCUCCUCUUAUAAUUCCUUAACUCAGUACCUCAUCUCCAUCUUUGUAACAAGGGAUGAUGCAUGCAGGAGUUCUCCUCGCUCCUCUCACCGUGUCAGUCAGAGUUAUUUAAUAUAAGUGACAGGCUGGCAGCUUAGUUCCAGGAGCAGCUUUUUAGUCCAUCAAAUAAGUUUUUAACAUGAUGCAGUUGCUCUGUCACCUCAGUGGGGGCUCCAUUUUGGUCCAGCUUCUCUUUGAUCUGUAGAAAAGGCAGAGCUAUUGUAAGAUGUUUUGCAGGUGUAUUAAAAAUUCCAGAAGUUCCAGACAUGGCUCUCAAUUGUCAUUACAAUACACAUUUAAGCCUGUACACAAGAGUCAGGUGCACGCCUCCAAAAUCAUGCAGCCUAACAGGCCUUUCACUGUGGUGCUACACUGUAAAAUGUUUCAUUUUCACAGACAACUGGUGGGAUUUUUUUAUUUCUUUUUUUACCUUGUUAGAUAAUGCCACUUGUUAAUAAAGAUGUUUUAUCUGCUCAGGAAUUCUCUACAAAGACUCUAUUCUCACAUUUUCAGAAAGUGACGUGAUUAUAGAAUGCAAAAUGAAAAGUAAAAUUCUCUCUGUAUUACUCUUGAAA